GUUGACAGUAAUUAUAAAUGGCAUACUGUUGCACUGGCCCCGCGGAAAUCUCUGGCUCCCUUCCAUUGUUUCCUUUCUCUGUUCCUUCGUUUAUUUGCGUAGUGAAAAGAUAGAGAAGAAACAAACUGUUUUAUUCAGUUUCAAUCAUUUUUCCUUUUUUUUCCUGGUCACAAGUAGUUUCUGUCAGAGCCAAAAGUGAUAAGGUUCGUUCGACAGGAUAGAAAGAAAGAGAGUUAGACAUAGAUAGAUAUAUAUGUUUAUGACAUACACAUGCAUUGAAAGAUUUGUGUUGGGUUUUUUUUUUUUUUCUUUUGCUUUUAAUCUUCUGAUCGUGGGAUUAUGAUUGUUUGAAAGAUAGAUUGCAGCUUCUCGUUUGACAUUUCUGGUUAUGAAAGCUGCUGCUGCCUUUGUUUCUUCAAAGUCCACCUCCACCGUUGCCUCUUGGUGCUCUCAACUUUCUUACUGCUUCUUCCUUCUUUCUUGGCUUUGGGUUUGAUUGGUUGCUGCCUCCGUACCAAAGGAAUAUCAUCAUGUCAGGUUUCCUAGCAAGAACAGGGAGACACCGCCAACGGUAUGAUGAGAAUAACUUUCGACUUGUUUCUGGAUGUAUUCCCUACAGGCUGACAGAGGAAGAAAAGGAUGUUGACGGGGAAAGCCGGAUAGAAGUUCUCAUGAUCUCUUCACCAAAUCGUAGUGAUUUAGUCUUCCCAAAGGGUGGAUGGGAGGAUGACGAGACUGUUGCAGAAGCAGCACGUCGUGAAGCCUUAGAAGAAGCAGGAGUUAGAGGAAUAUUAAGAGAAAUUCCUCUAGGAGUAUGGGAGUUUAGAAGCAAGAGCAGGCAGGACCUUUGCACCCUGGAAGGAAGCUGCAGAGGGUUCAUGUUUGCAUUAGAGGUGACCGAGGAGCUUGACAUCUGGCCAGAGCAGAAAGACCGAGAUAGGAUUUGGUUAAAUGCAAAAGAGGCCUUUCGACUCUGCCGAUACGACUGGAUGCGGAGGGCACUGGAGGAGUUUCUGAGAGUUAUGGCAGAAGAUGAAGAACUCAAGCUGGAGGAGGAGGAAGAGGAGGAGGAGCUAGUUGAGCCCCCAUCCAUUCCAGUAUCUGAUGUUGUGGCAGACUGUCAAGUCAUGGCUGCAAAUUGCUAUGUAAAACCUUCCAAUGCCCAGCAUCAUCAUGGCUUGAGUGCUAUAAGCUCACCCUGGCACAUCCCUCUCAAAAGGUUGCCACUGACAUGAGACAUCGACCUUAGUAGUAGUCAUCCUCUGCCUCUUUUACUAAGAGGGCAACUAGGCUUUCUAUAACUCCAUUAUGUCUGUGACUUCUUCCGGUUUUUAACAGAUCAAAUUUCUGAAGCACCGUACUGGUUUAGAAUGUUUAGUCAUUAAUUAGUGAAAAUCAUUUCCAUUA